AUGGCAAUGUUCUCCUGUUUCUUUCCAAAACCUUCAAAAAACUGUGAAAAAUAUGAAAGCGAAUUGGAACCCGGAGCGUUGAGAUUCGAGGAGUUCUUCUCUCAUGGACACCACAACUCCAUCCCCACGGACCCCUUGACUCCAUUCAACUUCUCCAAUAUGUGUAUCACCGGUGGCCACAAAAUAGUGACAGUAACCUACUCCCCAUCAGGUCACGGUGGCUGUGUACGGUACUUCAAACGAGGCAAUAACUGUGACGUCAAACUUAUCUCCUAUGACCCACGUGAGAUGAGCGAUGAGAGUAAUGAGACUGUCAGCCAGCAGAUUCUCAACGAUCAAAACCCAUUUAAUGCGUUUUUAUCGGAUUUCGAGAAGGUUCUGAGCCACCCGCAUGUCACCGUGGACUCCCUGAGCAUCAUGUUGCAUGGAGAUGUCAAUCAACAGUUUGUGGAGCUCAUGGAGAAAAAAUUGGCUGCUCCGAUUGCUGUGCGAGCCCUGGAGCUUGACAUCAAGGCACCCGAGCAUCAUGUCAAGCUGCUGGAAUGCAUUCACCCGCUCACUUUGAAAAAAUUGACGAUUUCCUACUUUGGAGAUAUGGAGGAUUUUGGAAUGAAGGCGGGGGAAUUGGAGAAGUUACCGGUGUGGAAUAAUUUGGAUGAAUUACACAUCAAGACGUUUGUGGUGACCGAAGGAGUUCCAGAUCUUGGAAAUUUCGAGAAAGUUUCCAUGACGUUCGAUAAAGUUGGUGUGAAUGAUGUGGUCAAGGUUAUUGAGACAUUCCUCAACACCCCGAAAUGCAAAAACUUCCACUUGCGCUUCUUCCACUUUGACGAAGCCGACAAACUAUUCGACAUCAUUAAACUACCGUGUACCGAGAUGAAUGGCCUGAAAAUGGUUCAUUUGGGAAAGCCAGAUACAGUAGAAAUUAUAAGUAUCGUGCAAAAUCUGAAGGAGAAUACGAUUUCGCUGACAAAAAUGGAUCCAAACAGCGAAAAAUCGGAUCGAUUUUUUGGGUUCUAA